CUUCUGAAAGCUGUGUGAAGUCUGUCCAUCACAUUUGAGCUUACUGUACAAAAAAUACUUUUUUGUACAGUUUACAAAACAUAUGUAAAAAAAUCAUGUAAAAAAUUCAUUGUUGAUCUUCCUCUCAGCGUGCAGUGAUGGUGAAACAUCAGCGGGGAGCUGUGACAGCAGUUAUGAACAUGAGUUUGUUUCUGCUGCUUCUGCUGUCAGGUUGGUGUCAUCAUUUAAAUCUUUUUUCACAAGUAUAUGUGUGCACAUGCAUAUAUUUAAACAUCUUCAUUUGAACAGGACUUCAGUGCAGCGCUUCUGGUCUUUGGCAAGUGUAUCAGUACAUAAACAUAAAUAUGACAUGGACAGACGCUCAGAGUUACUGUAGAGAGAGAUACACUGAUCUGGCUACUGUAGACUCGAUGGAUGAUGUGGACACGAUGUUGAAUACAGUGAAUGAUGGGUACAGUGGAUCAGUCUGGAUUGGACUGCAGAAGGGAACACAGAGUAAUUGGGUUUGGUCAAAUGGAGAAGAUAACAUUUCAUACAUUCCAUGGUACACAGGAGAACCUAAUGGUGGAGAAGAUUGUGUUUACUCUAGCAAUUAUGCUUGGAGCGAUUAUUCAUGUGGAAUCGUAUUAUGGUUUAUGUGUUACAACGAAAGAACUGGAUAUGUCAGAAUACAAUCGCCAAAAAACUGGACAGAUGCUCAGAGUUACUGCAGACAGUAUUACACUGAUCUGGCCACCAUCCACAACUUUGAUGAGCAGAACCAACUAUAUGGAGCUGUUCUAGAUUCCUGGGAAUCGGUCUGGAUCGGUCUGUACAAGGAAUCUUGGCAGUGGUCUGAUCAGUGGAACUUCACCUUUAAAAACUGGGCAGCAGGACAUCCAUUCAUAAGUUCUGGUGACUGUGCUGCCAUGUCAACAACUGAUUCUGGGAAAUGGGUUCGAUACAGCUGUGACCAACAGUACCCUUUCAUCUGCUAUGGAGAGUUAGUUAAAAGACAGACUGUGAGACUGAACUUGUCCAAUGAUGGAAAUCAAAACAUGAAUGAUCCUUCGGUACAGACUUCCAUUCUGAAUGAGAUAAGUGAAAAGCUGAAGAUCAUGGGGCUGAAUGGCUUGAAGAAUAUAAGCUGGAGAAAGGAUGAAGUUGGAAAGGUGUUUCAUCUGACUGCAAAUUAAAAUGAUGUAUGUGAAUAUAUUAGGAACUAAUCAUCAAUGUAAUUCUGUAACUUUAAAACAUACUGUACUCAGAGAAUAUUAAAUAAAUUAUGUAUCGUCUUUCAGAAGAACAAAAUUUGAGUUAUUUAAAAAAAUGUCCUGGCUCUUCCAAGCUUUGUAAUUGUAGAAAACAAGAAGCUAAUUAUUACAGUUUAUACAUUUUUUAAAUCGUAUGGAUUACCCUAAAAAGGCAUUUAUUUAUCCACCUGGAGCUGUGUUGAUUACUUUUGUGAAGGAUGUAUGUGCUUUAUUGGGCUUGAAAGUCGUGGACCAUGUUUUUUACCAUAAUAAAGCUUUGAAAAGCCAGGAAAUUUACUCAAAUAACUCAAUUUGUGUUCAUCUAAACGAUGAUGGACAUGUACCUCAGGCCUUAGGCUUAACGGGGUUAGUCCACCAAUCACUAUUGACAGCAAUAGACAAAGUUAUAAGAUGAGUUUGACUUUAUGUGGCGCCAUAAGAAUUGCAGGCGGAUGAUAUCAAAGUACAGUGAGAAUGAUAAGCAGACUCCUCUUUAUGAUUUCUCGAAUCACUUUUGCCUUGAUGUCCACCGCUUGUAAGUCCUUGAAGAAGCUUAGUCUAUAUGAUGAACAGCAUUCAAAACUCUGCAGCUGACUGACUUUAAAAGUGACAGUGCAGGACAUGAUGCAGGUAAUUUGAAAUGAUUGUAAUGCAUUGUCAAAAUAAACUUGGCUUUGUUCUGUGUAUCAACGUCAUUUCCAGACAGAACAUAUUUGCUGC